AUGUCUGCUGCUGUGCGUGGGACUGAGCAUACCAAGUCCGAUCAAGAGCUCGCCAUCAACAUUAAGAAAGCUACCAACGCCGAAGAGAUCUCCCCGAAACGUAAGCAUGUUCGCGCAUGCAUUGUAUAUACAUGGGACCACAGGUCCUCUGCCGCCUUCUGGGCUGGCAUCAAGGUUCAACCGAUCCUCGCCGACGAAGUCCAGACAUUCAAGGCCCUCAUUACGAUCCACAAGGUGCUCCAAGAAGGCCACCCUAGCGCCCUGAAGGAAGCGAUGGCGAACCGCGCCUGGAUUGAUAGCUUGAACCGCGGCAUGGGCGGAGGUGGUGAAGGUAUGCGCGGAUACGCGCCCCUGAUCCGCGAAUACGUUUACUACCUCCUUGCGAAGCUCUCAUUCCACCACCAGCACCCUGAGUUCAACGGAACAUUCGAAUAUGAGGAGUACCUGAGCCUCAAAGCUAUCAACGACCCCAACGAAGGCUACGAGACCAUCAGCGACCUUAUGGUGCUGCAAGACAAGAUCGAGCAGUUCCAAAAGCUGAUCUUCUCUCACUUCCGGAACGUGGGAAACAACGAGUGCCGAAUCGCGGCUCUCGUACCCCUUGUGCAGGAGAGUUACGGAAUUUACAAGUUCAUCACAAGCAUGCUGCGCGCAAUGCACUCGACUACCGGUGACGACGAAGCUCUUGAACCCCUCCGUGAGCGUUACAACGCACAGCAUUAUCGCUUGGUUAAGUUCUACUACGAGUGUUCAAACCUGCGAUACCUUACCAGUCUCAUCACCAUACCCAAGCUUCCACAAGACCCUCCAAACCUCUUGGCCGAGGAUGAUGACGCCCCCGCCCUCCCCGCGCGACCGAAGCAAGAGAUUGAGCGCAAGCCAUCUCCUCUGCCGGAGCCCAAGAAUGACGCUCCCGAUGAGAUGAAUGAGUUUUGGAAGAGCGAGUUGGAUCGUCAGAACCGAGAGUACGAAGAGCAGCAGCGCAUUCUUGAGCAGCAGCAACAACAAGCUCUCUUGGCGCAACAGCAGGCGCAGAUGCAAGCGCAGCGUGAGUUCGAACAGCAGCAACAACAGCUCAUGGAGCAGCAACAGCGAGAGCAGGAGGCGCUUAUGGCGCAGCAAGCUCAAUGGCAAACCCAGGGGCGCCUUGCGGAGCUGGAGCGUGAAAACCUCAACGCGCGGGCUCAGUAUGAGCGUGACCAGUUGAUGCUGCAGCAAUACGACCAGCGAGUCAAGGCCCUGGAGGGUGAGCUGUCACACAUCCAAAACAGUCUUGGCCAGCAAAUGAACAGCAAGGAUGACCAGAUCCGAGCUCUCCAGGAGCAGGUCAACACAUGGAGGACGAAAUACGAGGCUUUGGCGAAGCUUUACUCUCAACUGCGACAUGAGCAUCUCGAUCUUUUACAGAAAUUCAAGGCGGUUCAGCUCAAGGCGGCCAGCGCACAGGAGGCCAUCGACCGACGAGAGAAGCUCGAGCGUGAGAUCAAGACGAAGAACCUUGAGUUGGCCGACAUGAUCCGUGAGCGUGACCGCGCUCUUCACGACAAGGAUCGCGCGAGUGGCAGCAGCAAGGACGAGGUUGAGAAGCUUAGGCGUGAGCUUCGUCUCGCGCAAGAAAGGGCCGACAACCUCGAACGCAGCAAGGGUAACGAGCUGUCGACGAUGCUUUCCAAGUACAACCGCGAGAUGGCGGAUCUCGAGGAGGCGCUGCGAAACAAGUCGCGCCAGCUCGAGGACGCUCAGAUGAACGUCCGAGAUGGUAGCUCUGAUCUCGAGCAGCUUCUCAGAGACAAGGAGGAGGAGCUUGAGGUGUACAAGGCCGGCAUGGACCAGACACUCAUUGAGCUCAACGAGCUCAAGAUGAACCAGGGCGAUACUGAUAAUGCUCUUGACGGACAGAUUGAUGCGCUUAUCAUGUCAAACCUCGACAAGAUCAACGACAUCAUCGACUCGGUUCUUCAGGCUGGCGUUGCGCGCGUGGACGAUGCUUUGUACGAGUUGGACUCCAACAUGCAAGCUGGUAACCAAAAUGCAUCUCCCUCUUACGUACUGUCACAGAUCGAGAAGGCAUCAGCCAGUGCUAUGGAGUUUGCUACGUCCUUUAACAAUUUCAUUGCGGAUGGUCCCAACGCGACACACUCGGACCUUAUCAAAGCUAUCAACGUUUUCUCUGGCGCAAUUGCCGACGUGUGCAGCAACACCAAGGGUCUCUCCCGUUUGGCUACGGAUGACAAGAAGACCGACUCGCUCAUGAACGGAACCCGACAGCCUGCCAUAUCAGCGGUCCAGUUCCUCCGAGGCCUCCAGAGCUUCCGACUCGAAGGCAUGGAUCCCCUGCAGAAGACCGACGUGGUCAUCAACAACAAUAAUGAUGUUCAGAUGAACCUGCAGAAACUCAACAAGCUGGUUGAGACGUUCGCCCCAGGCUUUGGUCAGCUGGCCAAUAAGAAGGGAGACUUGGGCGAUCUGGUCGACUCAGAACUCAGCAAGGCUGCGGAUGCCAUCGCGGCGGCAGCUGCACGGCUUGCCAAGCUCAGGAACAAGCCCCGUGAUGGUUACUCAACCUAUGAGCUCAAGGUGAACGAUUCAAUCCUGGAUGCGGCGACGGCGAUCACCAACGCCAUUACGCAACUGAUCCAGGCGGCCACUGUGACACAGCAGGAGAUCGUCCAGGCGGGACGUGGAUCGACGUCCAGGACAGCGUUCUACAAGAAGAACAACCGAUGGACGGAGGGUCUCAUUUCUGCUGCCAAGGCUGUGGCGUCGUCGACCAACACUCUGAUUGAGACAGCAGACGGUGUAAUCUCUGGCCGCAACAGCCCAGAACAGCUCAUCGUGGCCUCGAACGAUGUGGCGGCCUCGACCGCCCAGCUCGUGGCUGCAAGCAGAGUCAAGGCCGGGUUCAUGUCAAAGAGCCAAGAAAAGCUCGAGCAGGCUAGCAAGGCCGUGGGUUCCGCUUGCCGAGCACUGGUGCGCCAGGUCCAGAGCCUGAUCAAGGAGCGCAGCCAGGAGGACGACCAGGUAGACUACACCAAGCUUGGGGCGCACGAGUUCAAGGUGCGGGAGAUGGAACAGCAAGUCGAGAUCCUCCAAUUGGAGAAUGCCUUGGCAUCGGCUCGUCAUCGUUUGGGCGAGAUGCGGAAGAUCUCAUACCAGGAAGAGUAA